GUUAUGGUAGUCCAGCAGCUAUUGAUUCUUCUUGUUGAAGUUUUCCCAUUUUCACAUCUGUUUGAUCAAACUGAAAGCAACAUAUUAGAGAUGUUCUUGUCAAGGACACAAGCUCUCAUGCCUGAUCUACUUCCAUUGAUGGGAAACCAACAAAGAAAAAUGUACUCAAGUACAAAGAUCAUGAGAUAUUAUAUGGACUUUUACUCACAUUAGUCAACAACAAAUUCACCAAACCAUUUAGUUAGCUAAGAUUGAACCCAGAAAAAGAAACUCUUCAGAUGAUGUUCUCUCUUAUAUAUAUUGCAAUUUUGCAGAAUCCCAUUUUUCAUCAGACCAAAUCAAAACAUACCCAAGUUUCCAUUUCAUAUUUUCUAAUGGAAUUCAUGAAAAAUCAUGAUCUUGAAUACGAUGAUGAAGCUUAUUACAUUGAACUCAGAAGGCAGAUUCUGCUUUUAACAGCAGACGAGGAUGAAGAAUUUCCACAUGCCAUUGUUUCAAACUCCAUUCCUGCUGAUCCUCAACGAGUCUCCAGCAGAUUAUUAACGAGCUCUUCCUCUUGUGCAGUACUGCAAACUAAAGAAGGUAGCAGUUGCUUGCCCUUGUGGGACGGUGAGGAUAAUACUAAUUCAGCAUCUACUUGGCUAGUGAACUUGAGAAGCACAACGGGGUAUGGAACUGGGGUGUUCAUCCCUCAAAAUCAAAUACUACAGUCCAGAAGAAGAUAUAGACCUAAAGGAAGGAAGAACAAUGAGAAGAGUGGAAUGUACAGGGCCAAACAGAGAGAAUGAAAAUUGUGGGUUGAUCAAUCUUCAUGCAAGGAGAAAGUACAGAACUAGAUAUACAAACAAGUUCUUGAUGAUGGUUGUAUUGCACGUUUCACCCAUAUAUGACGAAUAUUAGUAAUUGAAAGAAAAAGAAGAAAAUUAUCAUUAACCACAUUGAUGUUCAAGUUCCAUUAUCAAAUAAUCUCAAUUUUAUUAUUAAUCAAAAUUUGUUGGGCCAACAAAUAGGAAAAAAAAAAAAAAAAAGAUUACUCCUUUGCUAACAGUAAUCUAAGAGCUAACUUGUAAAUCAAAAUGCUAAAUAAUUUUGGUUUUCUGAAUAAUCGAAAUUUAACUUUUAUGAACUUAUAUAAAUUAUUACCUAAAAAAUUAAAGUCGUCAACAAUCCACUUGGGUUGAAAGCAAUCAAGAACUAGACAUUUGCUAACGAACAAAAACAGACACAUUUCCUGAGACUAGUCGAUCCAUUUGGAGACUUUUCAUACAACUGCAACCUGAAGAUUUGACCUUGAAUAAAAAUAUUACCUUCAUUUUCUAGGGACAGAUUCUAUAUUAAGCCCACCUCAUUUCUCCACAUUACACCACAAAUUUUCAACUCUAGAGAAAUCUCAAGCCUCUACUAUGGACUUCCAAUUCCAUUACAGUAAUACAACUCAAGCCAACGGACAUUUGAGCGGCAGAGACCCUUGUCUGGAAUUUGAGGAUAUUGACGACCAAGAUGCGUUUUAUGAAGAGCUUAGACUGCAGGUUUUGCUUCUGAUUGCUGAUGAUGAUGAUGAUUUUGCAGAAACCAGACAAUCAGACAAGUUAUUCGGUAGAUUUCCAGCAAAGCUACAGCCUGGAUGCUAUUUCGACUGGUGCGAGUGGGACAGGCGAGAUGCUGAUUCAGUACCAACUUGGCUUGAGAACUUGUGGAAAAAAGGCAAAGGAACAGGCGUGUUCAUCCCUCAAACUGUCAAAUCUACAAGAUGUGGUCAUGGUAUGUGCUUUGUUUGAUUGGUUAACCAGAGAGCUUGUCUCUGCUACAUUUUGCUUGUCGUUUCACUUUUAAUGAGUUCAUAAAAUUGCAGGUAGAAAUAGAAUGAGCAAGGGAAAGAAACGAGUAUACAAGCAAGUGGAGCUUUAGCGAUUUAACAAAGAGCCAUGACAUUGUUCAUCUUGGCAUUAAAUUGUACCUUUAGCUCAAACACCUUAAAAAUAGCCAAAAGUACAAC